AUGAGUCAGGUGUUCGAUGGAUAUGAGCGGCAAUACUGUGAGCUUUCUGCAAAUCUCUCAAAAAAAUCGACUUCUGCGUUUGCUCUUGAUGGAGAACAAAAGAAGCAGAAGCUAUCUGAAAUCAAAUCUGGAGUUGAGGAUGCAGAAACAUUGAUUAAGAAAAUGGACCUGGAGGCGAGAAGCCUUCCACCGAACGUUAAAUCCAUCCUCCUUGUGAAAUUGAGGGAAUACAAAUCCCAUCUCAACAACUUCAAGAGUGAAGUGAAGAGAAUCACUUCUGGAAACUUGAACGCUGCUGCUAGAGAUGACUUGCUUGAAGCUGGUAUGGCUGACACAAAGACGGCUUCAGCUGAUCAAAGAUCAAGAUUGAUGAUGUCAACAGACCGUUUAGGUCGAACCACAGACAGAAUCAAGGACAGUAGGAGGACGAUGCUGGAGACGGAAGAUCUUGGUGUCUCGAUCCUUCAGGAUUUGCACGGACAGAGACAGUCUCUCCUGCGCGCUCACGAGACGCUUCAUGGAGUCGAUGAUAACAUCGGGAAGAGCAAGAAGAUAUUGACAGCAAUGACGAGGAGGAUGAAUAGGAACAAAUGGACUAUUGGAGCGAUCAUCAUAGUCCUUGUCUUGGCCAUUAUCCUGAUCUUGUACUUCAAACUCACCAGGUGA